AUGGCAAGGCAAACGUAUAUCCAGCUGCGGUCCAAGACUGUGCUGGUAGAGCUGAAGACCCGCUGGAGGAAAAUCAACGAGCUGCGGCCAUCGGAUGGAAAGGUAGACUACAAAAUGAUGUCCAAAUUUGAAAAGCCACCACCACCACCUCCUCCUCCUCCACCACCACCGGUAUCGGCAGCUUACAAAACGUUGAAAGAGAAGUUGCUUCAGGGGUACAAGAUUGGCAUGGACGAGUAUUUAUCAAACAAUCAUUUCGUUUUCGAAAAAGGCAAACAAAGCACUUCCAUGGCGGUGCUUUGCCAUGCCGUUCGACUCGUGCACCCUCGCGAUAGGCCAGUGCUAGCUCUAGAUUUCGAGUCUCACGAGUUCCAGCCGUCUAAAGUUACUGAGAUUGGAAUAGCGAUUCUUGAAAACGCACCAGCGGACACCAGAGUGCCCCAAAUCAAGCCGUUGCAUAUCGUGAUUCGAGAGAAUAUCAUGCUCAGGAAUCGCAAGUACGUGAUUGACAACAAAGACCAUUUCAUGAAUGGCAAGACUUUAGUGAUGGCCAAGGCGGACGCAAUUCAGCUAUUGGGCCGAAUUUUGAACAAAUAUCUCGUGCAGCAUGCCGGGGUCCUCAUUGGCCACAGCGUGUCUGCGGAAAUACGCUAUCUCGCAAAUUUGGGCAUCCACUUACCACGCGACUUGAACAUGAUAGACACGCUCGCGAUGGGUCGUAUCUCGAAAUCCGGCGGCAACAGUUUGCGUGCCUGCUUGAGGUACUUGGGUAUACCGCAUGGCUAUUUGCAUAACGCGGGAAAUGACGCUUACUAUACGUUGCUUGCAGGGUUGAGUUUCUGUGACCCUACAACUAGAGUUUUACAAGGGUUGGACCAGUGGAGCGAGGGUGCAAAGGCCGUAAAAGUCCACCAUGAUAAAUCGGACUUUGUCGUCGUUGAAAAUGUGGAUGCAAUUGCACAAGAAUGGGGGGUGUAA